UUGCUUUCUUUUUUAGAAGUUUUAAAACCAUGGGUUUCCGGUUGCCUGGUAUUGUACACGCUAAGAAAAAUCAAGUACCUUCAAAGGGCUUGGAUGUUCCUAAAGGCUACUUUGCAGUCUAUGUUGGGGAGAGCCAGAAGAAGCGGUUUGUGAUUCCGGUUUCAUUCUUGAACCAACCAUCAUUCCAAAAUUUGUUAAGUCAAGCUGAAGAUGAAUUUGGGUAUGAUCAUCCAAUGGGUGGUAUCACAAUCCCCUGCAGUGAAGACACCUUCCUUCAUCUCAUCUCGCGCUUUGGUGUAUGAGCACAACAUGCUAAAGUUCACCAUACAUGCACAAUUUUGACACCAGUGUCUACGAGGACAAAUUUUUGGAUCUGAAUUUGCGGCCAAGACAUCCUUCAUGAGGAGGUGCUAACUGCGGAUGAAUUGAAGACAACUUCGAUCAUUCACAGUUUAUAACUUCAAAUCGCUUGUGGGAGCUGAGGAGAAAAUGGCCAGCCUAGCA